GAAUUGUUACUCAGGGACACAGAAUUGUUACUCAGGGGACACAGAAUUGUUACUCAGGGACACAGAACUGUUACUCAGGGACACAGAAUUGUUACUGAGGGACACAGAAUUGUUACUGAGGGACACAGAAUUGUUACUGAGGGACACAGAAUUGUUACUCAGGGACACAGAACUGUUACUCAGGGACACAGAACUGUUACUCAGGGACACAGAACUGUUACUCAGGAACACAGAACUGUUACUCAGGGACACAUAAUUGUUACUCAGGGACACAGAAUUGUUACUCAGGGACAGACACAGAAUUGUUACUGAGGGACACAGAAUUGUUACUGAGGGACACAGAAUUGUUACUGAAGUACACAGAAUUGUUACUCAGGGACAGACACAGAAUUGUUACUGAGGGACACAGAAUUGUUACUGAGGGACACAGAAUUG